UCGUGACGCGCGCCGUGCGCGGACGCCAAGAUGGCGGACGAGGAGGGCGAAGCGCGGCCGGGGGCGCGGAACGGGGCCGGGGAGGGACCCCCGGGCGGGCCCCGCGUCGUCCGCAUCGUCAAGUCCGAGUCGGGUUACGGCUUCAACGUCCGCGGGCAAGUGAGCGAAGGCGGGCAGCUGCGCAGCAUCAACGGCGAGCUGUACGCGCCGCUGCAGCACGUCAGCGCCGUGCUGGGCGGAGGGGCCGCCGACCGCGCCGGGGUGCGCAAGGGGGACCGCAUCCUGGAGGUGAACGGGGUGAUCGUGGAGGGAGCCACGCACAAGCAGGUGGUGGAUCUGAUCCGCGCCGGGGAGAAGGAGCUGGUGCUGACGGUGCUGUCGGUGCCGCCGCACGAGGCCGAGAGCCUGGAGCCGCCCGAGGAGCCGCUGGGGCCGCCCUUCUACGACUACAGCGAGAAGCAGGCGGUGCCCAUCUCCAUCCCCACCUACAAACACGUGGAGCAGAGCGGGGAGAAGUUCGUGGUGUACAACGUUUACAUGGCCGGGCGGCAGCUGUGCUCCAAGCGCUACCGGGAAUUCGCCAUCCUGCACCAGAACCUGAAGCGGGAAUUCGCCAACUUCACCUUCCCGCGCCUGCCGGGCAAGUGGCCGUUCUCGCUGUCCGAGCAGCAGCUGGACGCCCGCAGGAGGGGCCUGGAGGAGUACCUGGAGAAGGUGUGCUCCAUCCGGGUCAUCGGCGAGAGCGACAUCAUGCAGGAGUUCCUGUCGGAGUCGGACGAGAACUACAACGGCGUCUCCGACGUGGAGCUGCGGGUUGCGCUCCCGGACGUCACCACGGUGACAGUGAGGGUGAAGAAGAACAGCACCACGGACCAGGUGUACCAGGCGGUGGCUGCCAAGGUGGGCAUGGACAGCAUCACCGCCAACUACUUCGCCCUCUUCGAGGUCAUCAACCACUCCUUCGUGCGGAAGCUGGCUCCCAACGAGUUCCCCCACAAGCUCUACGUGCAGAAUUACACCUCGGCCGUGCCGGGGACGUGCCUGACCCUACGCAAGUGGCUCUUCACCACCGAGGAGGAGGCGCUGCUCAACGACAACGACCUGGCCGUCGCCUACUUCUUCCACCAGGCCGUUGAUGACGUCAAGAAAGGCUACAUCAAAGCCGAGGAGAAAUCCUACCAGCUGCAGAAGCUCUGCGAGCAGAGGAAGAUGGUCAUGUACCUGAACAUGCUGCGGACGUGCGAGGGCUACAACGAGAUCACCUUCCCUCACUGCUCGUGUGACUCGCGGCGCAAGGGCCACGUCAUCUCGGCCAUCAGCAUCCGCCACUUCAAACUGCACGCCUGCACCGAGGAGGGCCAGCUCGAGAACCAGGUGAUCGCCUUCGAGUGGGAGGAGAUGCAGCGCUGGGACACGGACGAGGAGGGCAUGGCCUUCUGCUUCGAGUACGCGCGCGCCGAGAAGAAACCGCGCUGGGUCAAGAUCUUCACCCCCUACUUCAAUUACAUGCACGAGUGCUUCGAGCGAGUGUUCUGCGAGCUCAAGUGGAGGAAGGAGAACCUUUUCCAGCUGGUCAGGUCACAGCAAAGGGACGUGGCCACUUAACCCCGGGAGCUUUUCCAGGAACCCCCAAAAAUCCGUUAUUGUAUUAAAGCCCCCCCCAAACUAAAUCUCAUUAAUUCCAAAUCCAUUCGUGCCCGUCAUCUUUAUGGAAUUCCAGAGGAAAGAAACAAAACAAAACAAAAAAAAAAACUGGGAAAAGCCACCUGAGGGGGCUCCUUUUUCCCACUCAGAUCCAGCUCCAGGCUGACAACU